AUGGGCUCGCUCGAUCAUCACCUCCUAAACGCCGACUCGCCGGAUAUCGCCCUCGUGGUGGCCACCCCGGCAGAGAGGAUCGAGAGCAUAAGGUCAAAUGGGCUGUCGUGGAAAGGCCCCUUGACGAUGGAGCAGUACAUCGCCCGUGAAGAUUUCUUGAUAAAGCAGGACAUGGUCAAGGAUGGGUGGAUGACAUGUUGGGUCCUUGUCGACCGUCGGCUGCGGCAGAACGAGCGUCCUAUCCUGAGCAGCUGCGAGUCGAUCGCCAAACGAGCGUUCCUUGCAUACAACGGCGAUAUCGAGACGGUUAUCAGUCAUGGAAUCGGGAGCGUGUUCUGUCCGCCGGAACACCGAGGGCGAGGGUACGCUAAGCGCAUGAUCAUAGAGCUGUCGAAGAUACUGGAUACGUGGCAGCAGGAAAGAGGGCCGUGGAAGGGAUACUCGCAGUGUCUCUUCUCGGUGCUGUAUUCGGAUAUCGGCAAGUCGUUUUAUGCAGGGCACGGAUGGCAUCCGUAUGCUUCUUCUCACUUCACUCUGGCCCCGGAGGCUGUCGGAAACGCUGCUGUGAAUGGCAGUGCCAACGGGCACGCUAACGGCAGCGUCAGAGCGACGAAGGGUGUCGACAUGAGCAUUGUCCAGGAUAUGUCUCGGCAGGACGUGCAUAGAUAUAUGUGCUCGGAGUCUGUGAUGGAGCAGCACAAGCAGAGAGUAAAGGAUGCCUCCAAGGCGUCUGGCAGGGCUAUUGCAGCGUUCCCACCGGACUUUGCACACAUGUCCUGGCACUGGGCUCGAGAUGAGUUCUACUCUCGGAUCCUGCGGCCGGAAAAGGGGGAAGCCCACGUCAAGGGUGCAGCGGUGCCUAGCCGCAAGGUGUUCGUGACCUGGAACCGAAAGUACGGAGCUACGCCGAAGGACUGUACGCUGUACAUUCUCCGGACACAGUAUGAGGAGCCCAGCUCGCCUGCAGAGAGACAGGGAGUGGUUGAAGCCCUGGCUGCCGUACUGCGUCGGGCCCGCGCAGAAGCUCAUGAAUGGAAUGUCGACCAUGUUGAGAUCUGGAAUCCCUCUGCGCUGGUCAAGGAGGCCAUCCAGAUUGCUGAUUCGAACGCGGCUGAAAUCCACAGGGAGAAAGACAGCAUCCCUUGCCUGAAAUGGGACGGAGACAAGUUCGGGUAUGGAGACAGUGUCGACUGGAUGUGGAACGAAAGAUACGGCUGGUGCUGA